GUUAAGUAGCCUAGCCUACCUGCACUUUACUCAAGCUAAAGGGAGUUUGACAGCUUGUUGGGCAUAAUUGCUGCUCUCCAUUCAACAUCUUCAUUGUUGCAUGUGUGUAGCACGUGUGAGUAGCCUAGGCUAGCCUAAAACCAGGCAUGCAUUAGCAUAGAUUCAGGAAUUAAAUUGUCCAUCUAUUAACUGAAAACCGAAUCCCCAGCCCUGUAACAUUGCAUGGAUCUUACCUGAUAACUUUUCAUUGUCAAAAGUUACAACUUGUGGUGUAUUUUAGUGUAGGCGGCAUCAUGCGAUAAGAUUACAAUCGGUCACAUGCGCGGGAAGAAGAGGAACAGCACGAGACUGUUUUACUGACAGAACGGUUGUCUGUCCUGCCAGUCGAGAUAGUUCGUGUCGGUUUGCUCUAGUUGUGUUUUUGAAAUAUCACAUAGUGGCGACCCUCUUUGAUAUGAUAUAUGUUUGGUAAACCUUUACAAGAUUAAAGUUAGCAACGUACAAAUGGUGAAGGUCUAAAUGGGGCGCCAUUUUGCCCGAAGUUAUGUAAACUCGUUGACAACUUGACUGGCAUUUUCUGCGCUGUGAAAAACGUGUAGGCUAUUUACAUCAACAAGUAAACUUGAGCAAUAAUGGACCAAGCAACCACAAGUCUAGUUCCAGAAGUGUUCCUCGUGAUGAGGGCUCCAACAAAAUGGUCCCUAGCCUUGGGGCAGCAGUACUCGUCUCUGGGCUCCCAACCCAUCCUGUGUGGCUCUAUCCCCGGCCUGGUGCCCAAGCAGCUGCGCUUCUGUCGCAACUACAUCGAGAUCAUGCCCAGUGUGGCCGAGGGCGUGAAGCUGGGCAUCCAAGAGUGCCAGCACCAGUUUAGGGGGCGCCGCUGGAACUGCACCACCAUCAAGGACAACCUGGCCAUCUUCGGGCCCGUACUGGACAAAGCCACCAGAGAGUCGGCGUUUGUCCACGCCAUCGCCUCUGCGGGUGUGGCGUUUGCUGUAACGCGGUCCUGCGCUGAGGGCACGUCCACCAUGUGUGGCUGUGAUUCCCACCACAAGGGUCCCCCGGGGGAGGGCUGGAAGUGGGGCGGCUGCAGCGAGGACGCUGAGUUCGGGGUGCUGGUGUCCAGAGAGUUUGCUGAUGCCAGAGAGAACCGGCCCGAUGCACGCUCUGCUAUGAACCGGCACAACAACGAGGCAGGACGCACGACCAUCCUGGACCACAUGCACCUUCGCUGUAAAUGCCAUGGCCUGUCUGGAAGCUGCGAGGUGAAAACGUGCUGGUGGGCACAGCCCGACUUCCGCAUGCUGGGUGACUACCUGAAAGACAAGUAUGACAGCGCCUCGGAGAUGGUGGUGGAGAAGCACCGAGAGUCGCGUGGCUGGGUGGAGACGCUGCGCGCCAAGUAUGCCUUCUUCAAACACCCCACGGAGCGUGACAUGGUCUACUACGAGGGCUCGCCCAACUUCUGCGAGCCCAACCAGGAGACGGGCUCGUUCGGCACCCGCGACCGUGCCUGCAACUUGUCCUCGCACGGCAUCGAGGGCUGUGACCUGCUCUGCUGCGGCAGGGGCCACAACACCCGGACUGAGAAGCGAAAGGAGAAGUGCCACUGCAUCUUCCACUGGUGCUGCUACGUCAGCUGCCAGGAGUGUGUGCGUGUCUACGACGUACACACAUGCAAGUGAGAGCCUGUGCCCUCGCUCGGACAGACGGACAGAAUGAUGGACCAUAGCGCCCAUCGCAGACACACAAACACACACACUGCAGUCCUUGCGUAUAUACAGACAGACAGGCACCAAUGAGGAAUGGCACUUUGUACUGGAACUCUAUUCUUCUGCACCCUUGUAAUAAAAAAAAAACAUAUCCUUCUUCCAAGCCCUGCAUCCUCCUUCUCUAUUUGAGUAGGUAGUUCCACGAACGGACAUAUGGGAGGGCCCAUUUCCUUUGGAACAAGCUGUCAGUUUGACCUGUUCCCAUUCCUGCACCAUUGGGCCAUGACCCCUUCUUUAUUUAUUUCCCCCACACACGGCUGUGCAGUAACCGAUGACUUUCCAGACCGUUGCUAUCGAAUUGACAUAUUUUUAACUCACACCUGAUUCCACCAGUCAAUCACCUGGCUGGCCGACUAUUGAUAAAUAAACCAACUCUCCAACAGUACUAAACACACAGCAACAACCCAGGAACCUACCAUUUUAACUACUGAACCCACUGAGUGGCUGUUACUGGACCCUUCCCUCCUAAACUAAACUACUGAGCUGAUGAAAUCUCCUCUUUCCCAACCCCUGCACACUGUACUGAUACUGAACUACAGCUGUCGCCUGGCUGGGAUGCCUGAUGCCUGGAAGAUAUGCUAGAGCCUGAUUUUAUAGCCCCACAUUUCUGAAAUAUUAGCAAUGGGCCAGGACUGGAGGUGGUAUGCAGGAGGGGACAUGUGCAGGAAACAAACACACUCGUUUCCACUAACGAACAUUUCUGCACGUAUGUACUAUUCAGCUGAACAAGAACUGUCUAGAGGUAGUGAAACGUUGGCUAUUGCUAUUUAUGAGAGAAAAUGCAUUCUUCUUGUCUUAACCAGUUACAUUCUAACAUACAGUAACACAACUGAGAUUGUUCAUCUCAUUCAGAUCAGAGACGUUUCGCUGUAAUUUCCCCUUGAGUAUGAAACAAGACAGAUUUACAGUAUUUGAGGAAAUUAUAAUGAAUUAUAAACUGGGUGGUUUGAAGCCCUGAAUGCUGAUUGGCUGAAAGCCAUGGUAUAUCAGACCGUAUACCACGUGUACGACGAAACAUGUAUUUUUACUGCUCUAAUUAUGUUAGUAACCAGUUUAUAAUAGCAAUAAGUAACCUCUGGGGUUUGUGAUAUAUGGCCAAUAUACCACGGCUAAGGGCUGUGUCCAGGCACUCCGCGUUGCGUCGUACAUAAGAACAGCCAUUUGCCGUGGUAUAUUAGCCAUAUCCCACACCCCUCGGGCCUCAUUGCUUAAAUGUCAUAUAGAACAAAACUUUCACAACAAACAGGUAGGGUUCAGGUAUAAGAGACUUUAUUGGAUUCAUUCGUCAUCAGUUUAUUUUGCACUUGCAAUAGGCCUAAUGCUAAUGAAUUAUUAUACUCAUAGCAGUCAUACUACGACAAUGAGAUCAUUUAUCCAACACACUGACAUUUCAUUAUGUUCCUCAUAAUACUGUGAAGUCCUUGUCUAAGCUAAACCCUUCUCUCACCAGUGAAAUGUGAUGACAAGUGGAGACCAGAGGGGAGAGAGCAGAAAGUGUCCUAAUAGUCUUCAAUAGGCCUCUUUCCUCAUCUCCUUCCCUGGAUUGCCACUGAUGUGAAAUGUCUUGACAAUAGAAGCAAUAUGGUGGAAUCCUGUUCAGAGAUUUGAAGUAUCUGUGGGAAACAAAUUAAGGAGACAAGGGUAGGGGGGGUUACUUAGUGUUUUGGUACACAGCCAAUGUGAGUGAAGGUGAAUGUGUGUUUGUGCUGCUUCCAAUGACGGGUGUUAGGGUUAGAGGGACGGCAGGCAGGCAUGCUGGCUUCACAAAAGUGGAACCUGUGAGAGGUUUCCACACAACAUGUUCUGACAGUCCUACAUGCUUCCUAUUCAUUAUAUUUAACAACAAAAAUACAACUUACCUAGGUAGUGUAGACUCCUCCCUUUGUGACAUAGCUUAGUAUCUGCGUCACCCUCAAAGGCUCUCCCUACACGGGCCCUUUCUGUGUUCAGUUCCUUCCUUUCCUCACCGCUACAUCCAAAGUUUUGUACAAAGGUUUUAAAGUUAAUAAUUCCCUUUUUAUUUUAUAAUCUGAAAAUGUUAUGUUUUUAUAAAUAUAAUUUAUUAUACAAUGUAUAUAUCUGUAUGACUGAACUAAGAUUAUAUAUUUGAAGAACAAAUGAUUGGCUCAUGCUUUUGCUUCUUAGACAGAGGUACUUUUCUAAUCAUUGCAGUUUGUGGGCAUCGAUACCUCUACGUUUCCUUACCAAAUCAUGUAUAUGGGCAU